AUGUUUCUGUUCUUGGAUUGUGAUUACAGAAGAUUAGCUAAAGCUAAAACUCAUGUUGAAACAGAGAUCCUAACAAAUUUAUGGGUUCACACUUUCUAUUGUCAUCACCAUGAUAGCAUAUCUAUUGCAGGAUGUGCUAAAGUCCAAGCUGGUUAUAAAAAGGAAACAGAUGUGGUUCAACAGAUCAAGUACAAGGGCUUACGAAUAGACAGUGUUAUAUAUGGGACACUUAUAUUUGUUUCGCUUACAGAGGUGAAAUCAGCAGGGUUAGUUCCAAACAAGGUUGUUUUGACAACAUUAUUGAAAGUGUAUGUUAAGAGGAGGCUUAUUUAACAAGUCAAGAGAUUUCUAAAUGAACUAGAAGCCCUUGCAUAUGUCGAUGAAGAAGUAAUACGUGAUGAAAAUUUUGUAAAAAGUUUGAUGGUUUAGUUAAUAGAUCAUCAACAAGCCUAAGAAGCCAAGAUCCAAUUCAGAAUAAAGGUGAACAAAGGUUGUGUUUCCAUGGGUAAUUGAGUCUUCCUAUUUUAGUGUUAUUAGUGGUUCUUUAAGUAGUCGAGAAACAAUGGGUAGAUUUUGGAACCUGUUAGUCUUUAUAUUAUUAGCCUACUUGCUCAUGGGCUCUUUAGUCUUUAGCCCAUUAGGGUUUUGUCUGGCUAGUAUUUAUAUCCGCUUUCUUCUUUGUAGUCUUUAUGCUUUUCAUUAAGAACCCUUGUAUUUUAUCUUUAUUAUAAUCAUAUGACAAUGUUAUCAUGG